CUGAACGUUGGCGCGCACAGAUCAUUCGAAUAGCGAUCGGAAGCUAGCAAAGAGUGCAGUGUGGAGUGCAUUUCCUAAUCAACGAAAAUUUGGCAUUGGAAGCGCAGCCCCCGUCUUUUUGUUUUUUGUCUUUUGUAUUUUCAUUCGUGAUGCGUUGAUGAAAUAUAUUAUCUUUCCCUCUCCUUCUCUCUGAGUUUGUGUGUGUGUGUUCAUUGCAUUUUCUGUGCACUGCCCACAGCUACUCGGCGAUUAUUAGUGCGUGUGUCGAAAGUGCAAAGACUUAUUCCCGAAAACAUAUUAAAUUCGAGUGAAAUAUUACAGAAAUCAACGAUUUGGCAAUAUGAUGUGGCAUCAGAUCUUAUUAGCCCUAGGCUCGUUUUUAACUGCAGUGCAAUGCUUUCAAUUGAACCUGACGCAAUUCUAUGAGAUGCCUCAGCUAUAUGACUUGGAUGACUAUGAUCGCUGUAUGCAGGAAUUCGAUCAGGAAACAUCCACCUACUGCUUUGUAAGGGCCGAAGUGCAGCCAAAUGAAACUGUAGCCGCUUGGCAAGCCAUUGCAGAGAUCUCCCGCUUCGAUCGCCAUCACUUCGAUCAUCGGCAAUUGUAUUUUGGACUUUGUCUAAGGGAAUGCGAAGCAUCAUUGGCCCAACUGGAUGCAAACGAAUUGAAAGCCCUACAAGCGGGCCUAUUGACAGACAAUCAAAAGGUUAAUGUCUAUCUGGAUCUAUUCGCCAUGGAAGCCGAUAAUCGCGAGCGACACCAAAGGCUGACCAAUAUCUGCCUCAAUUGGCGUCUUCAGCAACGUGGCUAUGGCUUGCAGGCCAAAAGUGUUGUGGAAUAUUGCGAUGAGGCUGGCAAAUCUGUCGAGGAUGAUGCCUGGAAUUUCACCUUCUACACAAUCAUUUGUGCUCUGCUCAUCCUUGCCUGCCUGGGCAGUCUCGUGGAUCUGCAUCUGAAGUAUAGACGUCACGAUAAGAUGCUCAAGGAGCGAGAUCACUACAAGACACCACCGAAAAGCCGUGCCCAACAAUUGCUACUCACAUUCUCGGUGGCCCGCAAUUGGUAUCGUCUCAAUCAGGAGCCAAGUGGUAAAAUUGGUCGUGAGUUGCGUUUCCUUGACUGCUUCAAAUUCUUUGCCAUGUUCAUGGUUAUUUUUGCCCACACCAAUUGGGUGAUCUAUGAGAGCGCCAUCAGUAAUCCUCAAGAUCCAGAGCGCCUGCUACACACGGCGGCUGGCACACUGCUAGUCUCUGGCUCUCUCAUCACAGUCACCUUUUUUGUUAUUAGUGGAUUACUAUUGACCAUCAAUUGGCUGGCUGUUGUCCGUUCUAUGCAGUCCAAGUCCAAGAAAGUCUGGAGUUUUGGCCAAUAUUUCCUGCUCUUUGUCAAAUUCAAUGUCUUUCGCUAUAUUCGACUGACAGUGCCUUAUGCCUUUGUUCUGCUUGUAAGUGGCGUUUAUUUCGACAAUGCUGGCGGCCCACUCUGGAGGCACAUCUAUGAGCGGGAACAGUUGUCUUGUCGUCGCAAUUGGUGGGUCAAUCUCCUGUAUAUCAAUAAUUUUGUGCACACGGAUGAGCGUUGCCUACUCCAGGGUUGGUACUUGGCCGCCGAUACACACUCUUUUGUCCUUAGUUUGGUAGUGCUAAUGCUUGGCCAUCGCUUUGCCCAAUGGAGCAAGCAUUUGUAUUCAGGUGUAUUGGCAGUUUUUAUGAUUCUUCCAGCUGUUAUCACUUAUGUUGCAGAUUAUUAUCCAAUUUUUAUACCAUCGCCACAGACACAAAAGGAUUCGUUUAUAGGCGAUAGACAGUUUACCGAGUUCUACACGUCAUCGCAUAUGAAUUUCGGGGCAUAUUUCUGUGGUGUCUUGGCUGCUUUGGUCUACGAUGAAUUGUCUUCGAGGCAAUAUAAGCUACGCGAGUUGCGUAGCUUUCAGAUCUUUUGGUUCUCCCUCAUUCCAGUGGGCAUUUUGUGGCUAUUCUCGGCUCAUCCCAUAUUCCAGCAUUAUUAUGUUGCGCCAUCGGCCAUUUGGGGUGCCAUCUAUGCAGGCGUUCAACGAAAUCUGUGGGCCUUUGGUUUGGGCAUCUUUAUUAUAGGCAUGGCCAGCAAGGUCGGCUGGAUCUUCCGUAAGUUUGCCUGCUUGCCCAUUUUCCGUAUACUGGGACGUCUGACUUAUGGAGCGUUCAUAAUACAUUUACUGGUGGCGCGCAUUGUGCUGGCCACUGUGAGGGAUCCCAUCUAUUUUGGAACUGGCAUGAUGUUUGCCUUUAUUUUUUUCACUGUGACAGUUUCGUAUUUGUGCUCUUUGGUUCUGGCUAUAUUUCUGGAGCUUCCCGUCUCGUCAUGUCUUAAGCUAAUGCGUUAGGCAACUAAAUCUAACACUAACUUACAUUAUUAGUCAUAGGUAAUUUAAAUAAAUCUUCUAAUCUAUA